GAUUAAUUUAAGAAAAUUAAUACAAAAAUAAAAUAAAAGUUUUGUAGGUCAACAAGUUAUGCAAUUAGCCAUUUGCUUGAGCACAGUAAAUUCAAUGGAACAGUUCGCGUCGCGCGGUCAUGUUGUCACGACGCUUGUUAAUCUAACUUUUUUUGUAACUUUGUUUAGUAAACAAAGUAUAAAACAACAACACUAAAUAUUUUGUAGUAACGGUCCUGCAUCGCUUUGAAUUUAAAAAUGGUUUUACUUAUAAUAUUAGCGAUAAUUGGUGCCAUCGCAGUGAUUUUGUUCCUUAUUGAUUCUUUAUGGAGUUUACUCGAGUUGGUAACUUCUCAUUUGAUGCCGUUCUUCCUUCCCACGGAGGUGCAGUCUCUGACGAAGAAGUUCGGAUCAUGGGCUGCGGUGACUGGCAGCACGGACGGCGUGGGGCGGGAGUACGCGCGGGAACUGGCGCGACGUGGCCUCAACGUCGUCCUCAUCAGCCGCAACCAAGACAAGCUGAGGAAUGUCGCCGCGGAGAUCGAGAAAGAGUCCGCUGUAAAAACUAAGAUCAUAGUGGCCGACUUCAGCAAGGGCGCAGAAGUGUACCGCCACAUAGAAGAGGAACUCAAAGAUGUACCUCUAGGAAUCUUAGUGAACAACGUGGGCUGCCAGUACGAGUACCCGGCGCGGCUGUGUGAACUGCCGGCGGCAAAGGCAUGGGAGUUGAUCAACGUGAACGUGGGCGCCGUGACGAUGAUGUCGCGGCUGGCGUUGUCCGGUAUGGCGGUGCGCGGCCGCGGCGCCCUUGUCAACGUCUGCUCCGGUUCUGAGCUGCAGCCGCUACCACUCAUGGCUGUCUACGCCGCCACUAAGGUAUACGUGCGCAGUCUGACCCUGGCUAUCCGGGAAGAGUAUGCAUCACAUGGCAUCUACGUGCAGCAUCUGUCACCGCUGUUCAUCGCGACGAAAAUGAACGCGUUUUCUCCGCGGCUUGAGCGCGGUGGUCUGUUGGUACCGGACGCGAGUACGUACGCCCGACACGCUGUUGCUGCGCUCGGUCGCGUGCACGACACUACGGGAUACUGGCUGCAUGGCAUACAGUAUUUCUUCAUCAAAGUUGCUCCGGAGUGGAUGAGGAUCAAAAUCGGCAUGUACAUGAAUCAAGACUUCAGAAAGGAACAUUUUGAAAGUGUCAGAUCGAAGGCACAUUGAGGCGCACUAGUACAAUGUUAUACUUUUAUUUAGAUGCAUUUUAAAUAAUUUUAGGAUAAAAAUUAUCGCGUAAAACGAUAAUAUUCCACUGUCCUAUCAUCUGUAUAAUAACAGUACUGCUAUCUCUUUCAUUGUUAUUGAAAAGAGAUAAUGAUAUGUUAUACAGAAUGUUACAAUAGGCGAAAUUCACGUUUUAUGUUUAAACUUUUUGGUACCUUACAUUUUAAUUUGUUGUUUAUAAAUUUUCUUGUAAAUAAUUAAAUAAUUGUUGAUUUUUUAAAUCUUUUGUGGCUGUUGUUUUAUAUUACUGUUUAAAUGUGACAUUCCUGAGUUAAUUUGUAAAUACUUGGAGUUUACUUUUACCGCUCAGCCGCCAUGUUGCUUCUCGCAACAAGACAAAGUCUCUAUACCUAGAACAUGAUAGUUUUAGUUGUUGACGACUUUCAUUAUUUUAAAGCGGUAAUUAUUAGUAAAAAUGUAAUGUAAAAGUAUUGUUUUACUAACUUUUCCAUAUUAUAAAUAUUUGUAUAUACUUAUAUCUAAUAAAUAGACAAUUUUAUAAAUAGUUAGAUUAAAUUGGUAGUUAGGGGAAGCGAC